GAGCAGGAAACCCAGACGGCCCAGGGCUGUGGGGCGGAGCUGGAGAGCCUCAGGUACUAGUGGGCUGGGCCAUACCUGUGGGGACCAGAGGGGACGAUCCGGUUGUGUUGCUAGACCUGCGGGCUCCUCGGAGAUGCGUGUCCCCAGCUGGCGUCAGAUGAGGAAAUACGCGGCUCCCCGGGGCCCUUGAGCCUCUGUAGCCAGAAUGGGGGCCAGCAUGGGCUGCGGGCUGCUAGUUGCUGGCCUGCUCCUUUUCACCUGGCUCCCAGCAGGGUGUCUGUCCUUGCUGGUCACAGUUCAGCACACCGAACGCUAUGUCACUCUGUUUGCCUCUGUCACCCUCAAAUGUGACUACACCACCUCUGCUCAGCUCCAGGAUGUGGUUGUGACAUGGCGCUUCAAGUCCUUCUGCAAGGACCCCAUCUUUGACUACUUCUCUGCCUCAUACCAGGCCGCUUUGUCCCUGGGCCAGGACCCCUCCAAUGACUGUAGUGACAAUCAGAGGGAAGUUCGCAUCGUGGCCCAGCGGCGCGGGCAGAGUGAGCCAGUGCUGGGGGUGGAUUACCGGCAGCGCAAGAUCACCAUCCAGAACCGAGCAGAUCUUGUGAUUAAUGAAGUGAUGUGGUGGGAUCAUGGGGUAUACUAUUGCACCAUCGAGGCUCCAGGAGACACAUCGGGAGACCCAGAUAAGGAGGUGAAGCUCAUCGUGCUGCAUUGGCUGACAGUGAUCUUCAUCAUCCUUGGAGCCCUCCUUCUCCUGCUGCUGAUUGGUGUGUGCUGGUGCCAGUGUUGUCCGCAGUAUUGCUGCUGCUACAUCCGCUGCCCCUGCUGUCCCACCCACUGUUGCUGUCCCGAGGAAGCCCUGGCCCGCCACCGCUACAUGAAGCAGGUACAGGCCCUAGGUCCUCAGAUGAUGGAAAAACCCCUGUACUGGGGGGCGGACAGGAGCUCCCAAGUUUCAUCUUAUGCAAUGAACCCGCUGCUGCAGCGAGAUCUGUCCUUACGGUCCAGCCUUCCACAGAUGCCAAUGACCCAGAUGGCCGCUCACCCUCCCGUGGCCAAUGGCGUCUUGGAAUAUUUGGAGAAAGAAUUGCGGAACCUCAACCCAGCCCAGCCUCUGCCUCCGGAUCUCAGAACCAAAUCUGGUCACCCUUGCAGCAUGCUCUCUUCCCUGGGCUCCGCCGAGGUUGUGGAACGCAGAGUCAUCCACCUGCCCCCACUGAUCAGAGACCCACUGCCCUCCAGGACCAGCAACUCCUCACACCAGCAGCGGCUCAAUCCUGUUCCUUCCAGACCCCGGGAUCCGAGUGAGGGCCGGAGGCAGCGCAAUCACUCGGAUUUCCUCCGAGAACUCCAGGACCGGGGGAUGAGACCCUGGGCCCCCGGGAGAGGGGAGCUGGACCCCCAUUGGAGUGGGAGACACCACCGCUCUAGGCCUAGCGAGUCCUCCAUGCCCUGGUCAGACUGGGACAGCCUGAGCGAAUGUCCCUCGUCCAGUGAGGCUCCUUGGCCCUCCAGACGACCAGAGCCCCGGGAAGGAUCCCAGAGACAUGGGAGACGCAGGCAUCGCAGCUACUCACCUCCCCUACCCUCGGGCCCCAGUUCUUGGAGCUCUGAAGAGGAGAAAGAGUCGCUGCCUAGGAACUGGGGUGCCCAGCGACGUCACCAUCGCCGCAGCCGCCGCCGCUCACAGUCUCCAAACUGGCUGGAGGAGAAACCACCCAGCUACCGCUCACUGGAUGUGACUCCAGGAGAGGGAGAGCUCCCAUAGCGGACGGAGCGUGGUCAUUUAGUCUCCAGGCCUCAUACUGCUUCUUGGAUCGCACGUGUCAGCAUCACCAACAUUUCUGGCUGCCUCGGGAGGGACACCAUACAUCUGUGUCUCACAGUUUGGGUGUAGAUUCUAAGAAUCAGAUAGAAGAGUUUUCAAAACAGGUGUUUGUGGGAUUAAUACCAAGCUUUAUUUAUCCCUUUUCACACCCUCUGUCUAUUACAUGGUCUCCGACUUGUAAGGGAUCCUAGCUAGGAUAGGAUCCCUCAGAAACACAGCAACCCAGAGUGUUCCAGUAGGUCAAGGUGCUCCGGACCAAGGCAUUCUCAUAACUACAACUCAGGAAUCUUUAAGAGGAAAUCAAACGUGUUCCAGGAACAGGAAACCUAUGGAAUAUUAUGAGCAAGUGCCCGUGGGAACUCCCUGCCCUCUCUGGAACUUCUUGAGGGAUUUUCCACAAUAAGCAUCCCCACCUGUGGUCCUGAGCAUUCCUGAGUUCCCAACCCAAGCAAGAGAGCAAGUGUGAAACUUCUAUAUCUCUGUGCCUUUCACAGACUGUUUAAUGCAACUCUGGGAAACCACAGGGAACCAAUUGUUCACCAACCGAGCGUGUUCUCAUUUCUUUUUUUCUUUCUUCUUGUUCCUUUCCCCUAUAUUUAAUUGGUUUUCUUCCAUAUGAUACUAUAAUAAUGCUAAAAUCACCUUAAGUACUUUCAAGCACCAUACAGUAUAAACAAGAAAAUUAAUGUAACGGGCUGAAGAUUCCAUUUCAAAUAAAUAUCUGCUUUUCUACCCUGA